UAGGCAGGUGAAUAGGCAGCGUCUUCAUGGUCUAUAAUCUAAAGCUCAAUUUUACGCGUUUCACAGAACAGCUCACAUGUUAGAUAUUAGUGCCAAAACUGUGAGAAAGACAAGUGGGAUCCAGGGUGGUGUGGGGCUAUUCUGUCUAUGCAAAUUACAUUCCAAGGAUGCCAUUUGAUUAGCUGCUAUGUCCCGAUCAUUGACGGACAUGCCCGAAGAUCCAGCGUUUGCGAGUGCUCCAAACAUCAAAUAGAGGUUUAAAAAUUUACGUCAAAAUAUUUCGCUGUUUUUUCUAGCGGAUCGUUAAAAAAAUCGAUUCAGGGAUAGUUCCGCCAAUCUUCUUAGUGCCUAAAAUCUGGCAGAAAACCGCGCUGAAGCUGGGGUUGUCUGAAUUAAGUUUCUCAUUAACUAGUAUCGACACAAAAACAGGGACAAACUUAUAUCGCUCUAAACGUGUAAAAUUAAGCUUCUAGGGAAUAAAAAGAAAAACACUACAGAAGGAUACAUUCACACCCCGGCUAAGUUUAUUUUAUGAAUUAGUGCAUAAAGAUACAACUCAUAGAUGUUUAUUUGCGUGAAUUCGUCCUUAGAAAUUCUUCACUGACGCGGGUGGGAGCCUGUGAUGCUAAGCAACGGACAAGGACUGUGAGAGCCAUACGCCUGUCUUAUCAACUAACAUGAAAUCAUUGAACCGCUGAACAGUUUUUAUACCUUAAAAGAGUUUCCUUUUUGAGCUAUGGGAUAUAACUAACCCACAAAAUUAAAAAAAAAUACUCGAUUUAAUGAUGUAUAUGCUUUCCUAAAAUGGCCUAUUGUUAUUAAUAUUAAGGAUCUUAGUUUCGUCAAUUAUUCAUUGUUACCACCAAUUAACGGAGAAGAGGAAAUUGUGUUCAGUAUUGACCUUUGGAAGUGAGUUCUCCAAGAGACUUGUCGGUACUUCCAUUCGGAUGAUUUGCCCAACGAUAAUGCGCGGUCAAGUAUGCUGCAUUCUUGGCGUGUUCCUACUUAUCGCUGGUCAUCUGACGAAGGCGGAUAAUCCAUACUGCUCAAUCAACUGCUCCCAAGCGCUAGGAAUGGAGGAUGGACGUAUUGCAGACUCGGCAAUCACGGCAUCCAGCUCGUUCUCCCCUGCGUGUAACGCGUCUCGCUCCCGCCUCCACGCAAAGAAAGAGCUACAAGGCUCGCAAGAGGUUUGCGGAGGAUGGGUCGCUGCGAAUAAUAGUCUAGAUGGUCCUCACUGGCUGAAGGUCGACCUUGGAAGACUGACUUCAGUGACAGAAAUAGCGAUCCAAGGGCGAGAUGACUCAACCAACCCACAAUGGACCAUGACUUUCACAGUCAGUCACAGCAGGGAUGGUCAUCAAUGGACGGAUCAUGUACAACAGCAGUCAAACGUUCUCACUGGUAACAAUGACACUAUGACAGUGGUGUCACACAACAUUCUUCCGGUUCUAGUAACGCGUUACGUACGCGUUACGAUAAAGACGUUUCAUGGUUGGCCGGUACUCAGGGUGGAGCUCUAUGGAUGCGCUUGCGGUGAAUAUUUCAAGUGUCCUCGUCCGUUAGGGAUGGAGAGUGGUGACAUUAUCGACUCCGCAAUAACAGCAUCAUCAUCAUUACCAUCAGCGUGGUAUUAUUUGCCCUUUAAUGCUCGCCUCAAUCGCACUCCUGUUCAUAGUGUAUGGCUCGCCAACAGCAAUUACAACCAAUGGUUGCAGAUCGAUUUGAGCAGUGUCACUAUUGUCACUUCCGUGUCUACACAAGGGCGGGACAAUAAUGACCAAUGGGUCAAGAAUUAUACCUUGAGCUAUAGCUAUUCUGAAGAACAUUGGACUACUUAUGCGAUUAACGGUAUCCAUAAGAUCUUUGAUGGGAAUACUGAUAGAGCAACAAUCGUCACUCAUAAUCUCUUGCCGGCCAUUGAGGCUCGUUUUGUGCGAUUUCAGCCCAAGGCUUUCAAUGGACGAAUAGCUAUGAGAACUGAGCUCUAUGGCUAUAGAUGUGAUGGAGACAAGGAAUACUCCCUUUCAUUCUCUGGAAAACGUUCCACCGAUUACGUUCUUUUUCCCAAAGUAAAAGCACACCAAGUCAUGACUGUCUGUUCUUUCGUGAAGUCGCAUGUGGUUCAAGCCCGCCAAGGACUGUGGACUAUGUUUGGUUCUCAGACCAAUAUGUCGUUCCUGCUCGCCAAUGGCACAGCUUGCGAGGUGUAUUUAAAUGACAAGAAACUGGAUAUAUCCACUCCAAUCCCAAUCAUACAAGACAAUCGCUGGAGCCAUAUCUGCUUUACAUGGUCCAACGCAACAGGCGCGUGGAAGUUUUUCCUGAAUGGGAAAAAAGCAAGCGAAGGCGCAUCUUACCAACAAGGAGUCCACAACGGUCUCGACUUGACCUUGAUGGUUGGCCAGCGUCCCGGGAAUGACGGACUACCUUUGCCUCAGUACUCAUUUAGUGGUCAACUGGCUCAAUUCUAUUUGAAUCAUCAUUUCUUGGCUGAUGACGGUGUCUGGUCAUUAGCAUCUGGAUGCUCACGUGACCCAGGUGUAAUCCCAUGGUCCAUUGCGCACUCAUGGACCCAUGGUGACGUCCUUAAGUCACCCAAAGUUUUCUGUCAUCGCCAUAAAGUCAAACACACCUGGAAAGUGGCAAGUAAUGGCAGCGGCAAGAUCGAGGAUGUCUCGUAUUCAGUGGUACAAGUUGUAAAAACCGAAAACGUAACUACCGAUCUCCACUCCAUCGAUACCGACAAACAAGGCUAUGCCACACUUCGUACUCAUACUGAAUGCAUUUCGCUUUCCUCUUUAUGCUACGGUGGUGGGAUUACCAUGUCCUUCUGGCUUAGAUACCGAGAGCUUUUUCAUUCCCGUAUCCUGGAAAACAAGCCAGAAAUGACAACGCAACUGAACCGUUUGCUCUCCCCCAUCAUGAUCCCGAACUCGAAGUGGUCACUAUGUUACCGCGCCUCUGAGCACGGCCGUGACUCGGCCCAGCAUAAAUCACUUUGCCAAAAAGCGUCUGUGACCCUGACAAUCGUAAGAGUGAAGACUUAUGUGUUUGGGGGAUUAUUGGAUUCACCCUGGGAAGCAUACGACGACGACAAAGCAAUAGAGGGCGUAGAUGCUUUCUUGUUCAGUCUUGCGAACGCGAGAGGGUGCCCACCCUUCAAGCUAAGCAUAAGGAAUGAUUCGUACUCUCAAGCUGGACGCCACGUAAACACCUCUGGUCCCGUGUUUGGGCUGAAUGACCUUCACCUUGGCCCUGUGUCGUUCAGUGACCUAGGAUUGGCUUACAACCUCAGCGAGUUGUCAUGUGACCACCUUGCGUUACCAUUGUCACGCGAGGACGCGCGUAACCUUUUAGCGGGGACGUUUUACUUUACCCCUGAUGAGAUCGAAGUCUUUACAUAUAGAUCUAAGAUAACGAGCAAGGGAAGCUUUAUACACCCUAGUAUGCCUACUGCUACAUACGUCAACAUAGAGACCUCGUCUAUCGCAAGGCUAGAAUUUUCCUCCAUAAACUGCUUGCACGGACACCAGAUUAAAACGUUCCAUUUCCAAUACUCUGCUGAUGGAAUCACAUGGAAAACAUACCCGGACGACAACAAGAAAAAGGUAUUUCGUUACACUGGUACACCUAACAGCUACAGACUACUGACUCCAAUUCAUUCAGCAAGGAUAAUCAAAGUAGCUCCGCUUACCUGUUACCCGGAUAUGACCAAGUGCUGUCUUAAUUAUGAAGUAUUCGUCACUGAUGGUACACUAGGUGAUAGUCAUAUUGUGGCCUCCACUACACCAGCAUCGAAUGUAAAAGGCUUCAGGUUCUACUAUAGCAGCUCGGUGAGUCAGCCUCCAGUAUAUAUCAUCGAGAUGAAAGCUUACAAUAACAUUAAAGGAAUCUGGAGGCUCCGUAUACCUGCUGAUGCCAUAUCAUCUAACCACUGGUCGCUAGUCAUAAUUACCUGGUCAGGAGAAGGUCUCAGCGUACUUAUCAAUGGGAAUGUCAUUUAUGACGAUUUUACAAGGUGAGUCAUCAUCAUCAUUACCACCAACAACAACAGUAGAAUAAAUAUUAAACAA